AUGUACCUCGGUUACGACCAGGCUGUGGCCCUGCCGGCCAUGCAGUCCGAUGGCCAGGGUGGCCAGGAGGAGCUCUUCAAGGAGACCAACAAGGUGUUCGACAUCGGCAAGGGCGUCAUCGAAAUGGAGGUGAACAAGGCUAGCCCAACAACUAGGGAUUCUGUAAGUGAACGGAAGAGAAGAUUGAAGCUACAAUUCGAUUCAAAUGCAAAAAAAGGUGGAACAUACACUGAAACUAGGAUAGACGAUUGGGAUAAUUCUGGGAAGAAUUAUUUCAUACUACGGACCGUAAUUCCUGUAUGUUUUCCCUAUUUAGCCAUAAACAAGGAUAGAUUACUGGGGUCUUGA